UGUGUCAACAACUGUCAAGUGUCAAGUAGAAAUCAAAUCAAAUCAAAUCACUCUGUGCAAAAAAAUCUAAAAGAUUUGCUGGAAAAAUUCUCUAGUAAUUGGAAUUAAUUAUUUUGAUAAUAUGAAAGCUAUAAAACAGCUAUUUGUAUCGAAACCUGUGCAGUGAUAUACUAGUAGCCUGUAGUGAUGACGUUGAAAGAAUACGAUGUAACCUUAAAAGUGCAAAAGUCUCAUAGAAACAAACUUUGUCGUUUCAUUGUGUCGUCAGUUUUUAUUUGAUAUGUCUCACUUUGGUGAUUUUAUGGACGGUGUUCCCGUUAAAAUAUCUGAGAAAUACAAAAGACCACCUCGAAUCGAAUUGCCUUACAGUGUUAGCGAGUGCCCUUUGCGAGCGCAAAAUUUCGUCGAAAGCGUCAAAUAUUGUUCGACCUUCGAGCGAAAUGUGCUUUCUAAACUCAGAGAGCUCAGGAGCGCGAAGGAAACGAAGAAAAAUGAGAGGAGACAUCGCUUACAGCUGUUGGAGGAAGCCAAACAGAAGAAGUUGGAUGCUAUAGCCGUAGCUGAAGCGGAGGAGCGUUUGAAACAGCUGAGUGUAUCUGAGGUAUCCUACCCCAGCACUGAUGAGAUAAGCGCUCUUUCUCCUGACGAUAGACCUGACAAGGCGUGUGAGACAUGCCCUGUGCAUAACACCAGCCCCGAAGUUGAUAAAUCUGUUACCACAGACAUUGAAUACCUCCAUAGCUCAGCCCAGUCCGAGCCUAACAUCCUCCAGCCAAUUCAGGUUCAGUCAAACUACCAACAAAGCAAUUUGUUAGAUGACCCUGACCCGUUACAAGAGUUUAAAAAUCAGACUAAAAUAAUGAAAUAUCCACAAUAUAGUAACAUGGAUGCUCUGACUUUUAAAGAUUUUGAGAAUGAUACAUCGAGUCCCUUUGAUAAUGUAGAAUUGAAAACAAUAAAUGAUAUGGAGUUGUUAGCUCAGGUACUGCAGAGUCAGAGGGGCUCAGUGGCCAGUUGUCAAGCUCCUAACUAUAACCAAGAGGAACUCUACCCAGGUUAUACAAAUUGUGCAACACAGGCUCAGGUCGAAGGUGUCACAUAUCUACCAAAUGCAUAUGUGGAACAACAAAUUCAAGGUCCCAAUGUAAUAUAUGCUCCGCAACCUCCCUAUCCUGUUUCAAAUGGGUAUUACAUACAAGAUAAUGUCUGUGAUAAUGUACCUAUGGAAAAUAUGUAUGUGCCCAAUUACCAGUAUUAUGUUCCUACUCAAUACCCAGGUCCGAGCAUACCCUACCAACAGUAUAAUCACUUACCAACAACUUCUGCUGAAAUACAAGCUCAGAAUGGUUCAUACAUACCUCAGCCUUAUUAUUAUCAGUAUCCCCAAGUGCCUGCUCCAUAUAUUACAAAUACAUUCACUCAAGUACCAGAGAUCAAAGAUCAAGAGGACAUUCCGCCGGUUAGCUCUCAGACUACAGUGAAGUCUAGAUCUAGAAGUGUUCCGGAUAUAGUCAAAGAGUUAAAUGAUGAGUUAGUAUCAGCUCAUCAGAGGGCUAAUGAAAGGUCUUACAACGCUAGCCCUGCACCAGUCAAUGUUCCUAGAUCAUCUUCCCAUAGUGAUAAGAAAGAAGAAAGGAGGAAAAGGAGGAUAGAGAAGUUACCAAAUCCAUAUGAUAAGUUUCCCACAAAAUUGCAGAACAUGUGUCAGCAAAUACACAGCAUGGGUUUCCCGUUGGACAGGGUGGCUAGAGUCUGUAGUCUUGUUGGAGAAAACCAUAAAAAGGUUAUUGAAUGUCUUCUAAUUCUUGGAGAGUUGAUGGAUCUUGGAUUCUCUGAAGGAAGAGUGUCAGCUGCACUAGCCAAGCACGAGUUCAAUAGAGAUAAGGCCUUAGACGAACUUGUAUCUUAAUGCCUAUGAAAUAAAGGUAUAUUUACACUGGAUGCAUAUCUAGUAGCAUAGUCAAUGUUGUUAACAUUUUUGAGUUCUGAAGUGUAACUCAAAAUUAGUAUGUGCUGGUAAAUGUGCAAUCAGCUAUAGCACUCAGUGCAAUCAGCUAUAACAAUCAGCACAGGGCCAGUAACUGUUGUUUUUACUGAUGCAAAGAAUUAUGCCUACAUACAGAUGUAAGCUACUGUUUCAUACAACUUAGAAUACAUAUUUAAUUCAAGAAUACUCAUAUUGUUAUAGGCUUUUAAAGGAAACUGUACAGUAGCCUUAAUUGUCAUAUGAUUACACAAAAACUGGCCAAGUGCGUGUCGGGCCACGCUCAGUUUCUGUAGAUUAAGUUAACACUUUAAUUCCUUAUUUAUUCUACAAAAAUAAUCUCUCUCACACUACAGGGUAAACGACAAAAAAUUCAUUGUCACUUUAUGUCUAUGGAAGGAACCUCAAAAUUUUUUUCAUUUCAUGUUCUUUUUACCACUUUAAAGACAUAAUUAAUUAAUAUACAUACCCUUACCAAAUCUAGAGUUACUGUACUGACAACUUUGUCUUUUUAAAUACCAACGGAAUUACUUAGUAUGCAAUUUUCGAUUUCCAAUUAGGUAUGUUUUUUAAGUUGGUCGACUAUUAAUUACUCUUUAAAUAGCAACUGCUAAUAAUAAGCAUAAAAAAGCCCUAUAGCCAGUAGAGGGUGGGGACAUUUGAGUAUAACAAAAAUUUGCUCUUAAAAGCUUAAUAUUUUACAAAUGGAGACACUAUGAAAUAUACGAGCAAAAAAAAAUCCCAUUUUACAUGUAAGGUAAAGAAAGGUAAAGGAGGUAGGUACCCUAAAGAAAUAUUAUUCGAGAUUUUAUUUUAAGACUUUCUUGACAUUUUUAAUUUAUAUAUUAAAUACAGCUUUCUAGUAGUAAUAGCCUCUGCGCUAAUCCACAAUCAAAAACCAUAGAGAAUGGAAAUCAAACACUCUAAGGUACGGACUGUCAGUUACUGUCCCUGUGCAAAUACCAAUAAGGUUCAAUUAAAACUGCAUUGAUCACCUUAAAACAGAUUAAAAUAUAAUGUAAAGAUACAGAUUAUACAAUAUGUAGAUAUGUGCUCAUCGAAAUAUUAUGUAGAUAUUACAAUGUUAUUGUUAAAAAAUUGUGGGUCCCUUAAGGGCAGGUUAUAUUGAGACAGUAAUUCAGCUGUAAGCUUUAUUAAACUAAAUUGAUACUUAUUUUGUAUUUCAAUAUUACAUGUAAUAAAUAUGUAUUUUUUUAUUUAUUACUGUAAUAAAUCUAUACUAAUAUUAUAAGUGCGAAAGUAAGUCUGUCUUUCUGUCUGUCUGUUACCUUUUCACGGAUAAACGGCUGAACCGAUCAACAUGAAUUUUGAUAUAAUGGUAAAUCCGACCCCACUUAAGUGGGAUAAGGGUAAGGAAAUGAUGAUGGUAAAUGUGACCUUCAACCCCUUAAGUGGUGAAAUAGGGAUAGAAAGCUUACAUUGAUUUCCACGAGGACAUAGUCGCGGGCGUCCGCUAGUAAUAGUAAUAAUAAUAAUAAUAAAGUCUUUAUUUAUUUCUUACAUUGAUACAAAUUAGUUAUACAAUUUUUAAUAGAAUUUUCUUUUUAUUUUAUGUUUGUAUGAAUCCCAUUGUCUUGGGUAUAGGCCUCCUCCAGCAGUUUCCAUUUUCCUCUUUCUCGUUCGCUAGUAUCAACAAUAAAUUAGUAUAAUAUUUCUGGUUAUUGAUAUGAGAAAUGGAAUGCACUAUUUAUGAUACUACUGAAAUAAUGAGAAAUGGAAUGUACUAGAUAUGUAGUAUCAUAAAUAGUGCAUUCCAUUUCUCACUAUUACAUAUCAAAACUAAUUUAUUGUUGAUACUAGCGAACUCACUAAGUAACUUAAUUCUAAAUAAAUAAGUUUUUCUAAGUUAGCUAUAUACCAUCUUUAACUGCAUUGUCACAUUACUGCAGUCAUUUGAUAUCUCAUUCAAAUGUUAGUUUUAAAAUUACUAAAAAAUACUAAUGUCAAUCACUGUCUCAAUACAAACCUGCCAUAAUACUAAGUGUAGUAGCUAGAUGUAUAGUAGAAAAGAUAUAUCCUUGCAGAAUAGUUGAUACGCAUUUAUGACUAACAAUAUGACUGACAACAAUCAAAAUUAUUGAAAUGUAUAAAAGCCAUCACGAAAUAACUAAAAACCGCUUGACGUACUAAGAUGAAAUUUGGCAGGGAGGUAGAUUGCAGCUACUUGUCGUCCGCUAAGAGGUACGAUUAAAGAGGUCUAAGGGCGAAUGAAAUUGUGGGCAUCCGUUAGUAAAAUAUAAAACCUCUGAAUCCUUUUGAAUUGACUGGAGCACACAAACAUAUCUUGCAGUAUUUUUUUACUUGUACCAGCCUUCGAAAUUUUUUAGGAAACUGCCAAUAUUAUACUUGUUUAUACAAUUCUGACCCAUAUUCGGCUCACGGCAGAGCUCGAGUCUCCUCACAGAAUGAUAGGGGUUAGGGUAAUAGUCCAUCACGCUGGCCCAAUCGGAUUGGCAGUUUCUCACACGCAGAGAAUUAAGAAAAUUAUCAGGUAUCCAGGUUUCCUCUAAAUGUUUAUCCUUCACUUUUUGAGACACGUGAUAUUUAAUUUCUUAAAAUGCACACAACUAAAAAGUUGGAGGUGUACGCCCCGGACCGGAUUUGAACCCACACCAUCCGGAAUCUGAGGCAGAAGUAAUAUCCACUGGGCUAUCACGGCUCUAAAUUAUUUAAAUAGUUUAAAAUAAUUUAUUACUUUACUUCAUUUUAAAAUUCAAUUACUGUUGUCUUAAUAUUUUUUUUAAAAACUUAAAUAACUUUCUACUGUAAACCAAUUUGGCACUUUUAGCACUUUUGGCGAUUAAAUUUUUUUACGAAUAGUUUCAGACCUCUAAACUCCAUGAUUACAAAAUUAGAAGAAAUGUUUAUAUUUUCUUUCAAAUUCAUGAUAAAUGAAGGAGCAGUGGCUUUUAAGCCAUUUUUCUUUAGUAUAAUUUUUCUAUUAUUACUUCCUGCCGAAGGUUGUAUAUAAUGUUCAAGUAAUGAGAAUAGCUUUUUCGCCAGGAUGCUCUAUAGAUUAAUAUAUGUAAUGAAAAUUUGAUCAAUUUCAACAUAAUAUGAGGUGUUAUUAAAAUUGUCGCAGUUGUGGGAAUUAUAUAGAGCAGAUUUCCCAUCAAUUUUACGUCGUCGGGUUUUUAAUUAUUUCAUUAAUCCGGUUUGUAAAUGCACUUUCAGUGAUGUGUUCAUAAUACUAAAUAUAUAAAAACGAAAUUAACAUAAUACUUAAAACUGAGUAAAAUAAUAAUAGUGGCUGAAAAUUUUUGUGUAUAAGCACUAUUACUAAUUAAAAUUAAUUGUGAAAUUAUUUGAAAAUUAUUGAUUGUCUAAGUGUCGUAAGAUCUUUAGGUGUUACUUUAUUAUAAAAUAGAGUUUUAUAAAUUAUUGAUAAUUGAGUUAGAUUUUAAUUAUAUUUGCUGUCUCAAUUCAAUUUGUAUGAUAAAAUGAAUAAAAAAUAGGGAUGAUGUUUAAAAUAGAAACUAGGUACUUAUGAGUACAUUUUAUAUUAAUUAACAUAAUUAAUAGAUUAAUUGUCUUCACGGCCUCCGUGGCGCAGUGGUAUGCGCGGUGGAUUUACAAAACGGAGGUCCUGGGUUCGACCCCGGCUGGGCAGAUUGAGAUUUUCUUAAUUUCUUCAGGUCUGGCUGGUGGGAGGCUUCGGCCGUGGCUAGUUACCACCCUACCGGCAAAGACGUACCGCCAAGCGACUUAGCGUUCCGGUAUGAUGCCGUGUAGAAACCGAAAGGGGUGUGGAUUUUCAUCCUCCUCCUAACAAGUUAGUCCGCUUCCAUCUUAGACUGCAUCAUCACUUACCAUCAGGUGAGAUUGUAGUCAAGGGCUUACUUGUAAAGAAUAAACCUUGGUUUAGGAGUAAAAUAUGGUACGCCAUAUUAACGUACGGCGGUAGAAAGAAGUUGUAACGUACGGCAAUAGAAGAUAGAGUGGAAUUGAGAGAAACAGUUGGUACUACGUUGAACGAUUCCUGAAUCCGUGCAUAAAAAGAAACUGUCUCUAGCAAUCGAGGCACGUUCCUGGUGUAACUUAACCCUUGAUUAAGUAUAAAAAAAUAUUCGAAUAUAAUAUAUUUUUAGACAAAUUGAAAUGAAACAGCAACAAUAUUUUGUGCAAUUCCAUUUUUAGACUUUAAUUGUUUAGCGCACUAUUUUGCCAUUGCUCCACUUAAGCAGAGGUCACACUGCUGCGUCCAACUGGAACCAAUUUCUUUCACUUGGAUACCUUUGGUAUGACCUACAAUUUACGCUUUCGCUUCUCGGGGCAGGUCCUUUAUAACAAAUGACGCCAUUUCGGAGAUCUAUAUAUGUUUUUUUUGGCGAAUUUAGUGUCCAAUCCGGAAUUGAACUUAGUUGAAAUUUAUUUGUAUUUAAAUUGUAAAUAAUAAUAUAAAAAUAAAGCUGUGCGAUUCGCAUCAUUACUUACUUUAUUCGUCCAUUUGCAUUAUGUAUUUAUGGUGUUUUCUAUGUAAUGGCUGGUUUACAUUGCAGCGUGCAUAAUAUUGGCACAUCUAUUCGCCGUUGGAUUGUCGUGGAUACGACGCUGCCUAUGGCUUUGGAUGUCUUGGCAAGAUAUGUGUUAGUGUGUAUAAACAGAAGGAGAGUUACUGCACUGAAGACACAGUUACUGCACUGGUGCGUAAGACUGACAGUCAGUCAGUUUUACUUAUCUGCACACCUUAUCUCUAAACGUAUUCAUUCUUGUUUUAGGAAGUACAAAAUAAUUUACAUUUAAGCUAUACCUAUAGCUUUUUACAAAGUAACUUAAAUGUUUCGUUUAAAUUAUAAAUAAAUUACGACUAUUAUGACAUACUGGGCUAUAAAAUUGGUUUGAAAUGUUGCUGGAUCAAUGUGAACCGGCCAUAACUUAGUGUGUGAUUGAAUGUAUGAUGAAUUAAUUAAUAUUUUGUUUGUAUAAAGUUGUGUAUUUAUAAGAAUUUUAAAGCUGUAAAGAAAUUAUAUAUAAAAAUAUAUAAAGUUUAUACUAUACUUAUACGUUACAGAUCUGUAAACGUGCUUUUACUUUUCUUUCUUUUUAUAAAAUCUCGAAAAAAUUAUAAC